GGCUCGCGUUGCGACGCGCGAACUCGGAAAAUCGAUCGUCCGACCCAACCGCGAACGGCAUGGCACGGCAGUCUCGCGUCUCGCCGCGGCCGAGCGCGGCCAAAGUUCACGUUGACUCGUUUAUUUUUCGCUCGUCCCUUCAUAGAGUUCCAUUCUUACAUUCCUCAGCAUCUAGCCGUGUUUAUUCUAGACUUUCUACUCGUGUUUCAACCUUAAAAUGCCUCUUGGGGAUGCAAUGAACGGGCCGUGUUUCUAGACUGUCAAUCGAUGUGACUCACUCCAAGUUCAAUAUCAUUAAGACAACAGUGCCAUGUGCUCCUUGCUUUUAUGAUUUAGUCACCCCCCCCCUCGCCAAAAAAAUCACAUUUCGGUUAUCUUUACAAGAUUAAAUUUGAAGUGUUUAACACCCGUCGAGUGAAAAUAGUACAUAAGGGUGGUUGCCUCCUCCUUGAAUUGGCAGUCGUGUCUUUGUUUACAUGCAACUUCUGAAAAUCGAGUUUGGUUAUGUUUUGCUGUCAUUCGGUUUUAUAAGAAAUACCUAAGUAAUUAACUCUUGGAGAGUGCGGUUGUCAUAGUGAAACUAGUUGCUGUCGUUCGUUUAAGAAAGGAAAAUGUCCAAAAAUGACCGAUGUUGCGGCGUCUCGCUGUCAGUUUACCGCCAGUUCCUGUCAGCGAUAUUUUGCUGCAUCGGUAGUCUGUCGCUCGGUCUGUCCCUGGGUUGGGCCGCGCCGGCCUUCGUCAAGAUAAAGAACGGCGAGGCACCGUUCGAGCUCACCAUCUACGAGCAGUCCAUCGUCGUGGGCGCCUUGAACAUAGGCCUCAUGAUCGGCACCUACCCCGCCGGCUACUUGAUGGACCGCAUCGGGCGGAAAACAACCCUCCUCUACGCCAGCAGCUUCUCCCUCAUCAACUGGAUCCUCAUCGCCUUCGCCUCCUCCGAGCUCUACCUCUACGUAGCGCGACUCUUCGCCGGCCUCUGGGCGGGCGCCAUCUCCACGCUGGUCCCCAUCUACGUCACCGAAUGCUCCGAGACCAAAAUCAGAGGAAGCACAACUACCCAACAUCUAGUCUUCAUGAGUGCGGGUAUACUCCUAGGCUAUAUUAUCGGUCCCCAGGUGGGGUAUAUGGAUUUCGCGUUGAUCUGCGGUGCCUUCACCGUUUUCUUCGCCAUAGUUUUCUCCUUCCCUCCCGAGAGCCCAUACUUCUUAACCAUGAAGGGCCGCACCGAGGAAGCCCGGGCGGCUCUUGUCUGGCUCCGAGCCACCGAUGACGUCGACAACGAACUUAAAUCCAUCGAGGCCUUCAUCGCGGACGGCACGAAGGGGCGAUGUUCCUACAAAGACCUGGUCAAGAACCCCCUCUACAGGCGCCCCUUUUUCAUCUGCCUCGUCCUGUGGUUCUGCCAGAAGUUCACAGGCUUCUACACUCUCAUCGCUUACCAAACCGUGAUCCUCCCGAAGAAACUAGGCGUGCUCACCUCCGACAACUGCACGCAGAUCGUGGGUGUCAUCAUUCUGACGUCGGUGUUCAUCGCUUCUCGUCUGAUGGACGCAACGGGCCGCAAAGUGCUCUUGACGGUGUCUCACGUUGGCAUCGCGGUGUUUAUGGGUAUCGUGGGGGCCUUGUACGCUCUCAACGACACCGGUUACAUUCAGAUUGAGGAUUACUCUUACCUUCUUGUGUUCUCGUUCGUGGCCUACGUGUUCUCUUUCUCCAUAGGGAUCGGGCCUAUCGCUUCUUUGUACACCGGUGAGGUGCUCCCGCAGGCCGCCAAAGGGACCGCGGGGUCGGUGAUCUUGUCACUGUCCUCGAUUGCGUCAGCUGGAAAUACUUUCGCUUUCGCUGCCACUGCCAACUGGAUAGGCAUGCACUGGAAUUUCUUCUUCUACAGCGCUCUCAGUGUUGCUUCGUUGGUGUUCGUGCAUCUUUGUUUGACCGAAACUAGAGGGCGGACGUUCCAAGAUAUACAGAGUAACUUGAGCGUGAAAAAAAAACCGGAGAUGACCACGAUUGAAAAAUCAGAUGGGUCAGUUGCGCAUUUUGAUGGCAGAACCUCCUAAAAGCUGAGGCUUCCUAUCCACUUUGCAUUGGCGGAUCCAGCAACUUGGCAACGUUGUUUUCCUCCAUUUAAACCUAUGGAAAUGUAUCGAUUCUUAGAGGGGCCAGGUGCUCCGACAAGAAUUGAUUAUUUAACAUAGGUUUAAAUGGAGGAAAUCCGGUGUUGCAAAUUGCUCGAUCCGCCUCUGCCACUUUGGAUGAAUGUACCUCCCUAAUUUCGUCGCUCCUCUGACGUAAGGGCGUAUCUCGAUUUCAACAUUAGCCCUCUUCCCCAUAUAACUCCAUGCUUUUCAAGGCUCUUGUGGAAAUGGAGAUACGUCUUUACGUCAGAGGAGCGACGAUUUAUGUGAUGAAUGACGUCAUCCAUCCACCAUCAGUUGUACAUCAUGGUUUUCUCUCCCUUGGUCUCGUUUAGCAUACGGAUGAUUGUUUGUAUAGCCUGUGGUUAAGGCUCCAAGAUCCUGUGCGUUUUUCAAUGUACGCAUUUAGCAAGGCCUGGGUAUGAAAAACUGUGGUACGAAUCAAUGCAAUGGAUGUCGUCGCCAAUUAGGUUUUUUAAAGGGUGAUAUUUCUGUUAAGGUUGGACGUAUUUUGUUGCAAAAAAUUUUCCUAUAUUUUUUUAUGAAUUUGUGAGUAAAACUCGAGAAUCAAAGUAAGUUUUUUUGUCAAGACGUGCAACCAGCGUGCCGUGGCGGUUCUCAUUGAUAUAGUGCAAAGCCAUUUCCCAAAACAUGUGAGAAACUUGCGUCUCGGUUGCUGAAUAUGACAGCAAACCACCUUUGCACGUGGACAGUGCAUCCGUGCUUCCCGGCUGUGGAAAAAAACUGAAGCCUUAGAAAACGAGACUUGCAAAACCCUUGAUACUCGUCUCCAUUAUCCAAUCACUGAGUGCUGUUUUUUUGUUGAAUGUUAAGAAUUUCAUUGAAACAAGUUAUCUAAAAUUUCCUCAAUGAAAAGUGUCAGUUUCAAUGAAAUCAGCCAUUGUUGUAAAAAAUAGUGAAAUGGCAUCAUUGAUGGUUUGACACUUUGAACGAAGACAGUCAUUCUUUUUUUUUUUAAAGAAUGUUAGAGCCUUUAAUCCCCUAAGGAGCUCUGAGCCGCUCAGAACAGGGUAAUUAGUCAAUAAUGUUAAAAAGGUUUCGCACGAUUACUCACCCAGAAGAUCAAUUGACUGAAUGUUCACUUAUUCAACUGCACUGCUUCGAAUUAUUAACAACUCAGGCGAAACCCUUAAAAAUAUUGAUCGCAAUUUUUAUGUGAAAAUGGCUUAUGAAGCUUCAUGUAUACACCUAUAUGUCCAACACCUAUGCAAAGUUGUUAUUGUGAGUUAAAUAUAGAGAGAUACCUAGAAUCAUUUUGUUAAAAAGUCGAGUGAGCAAAAUAAUAGCCGUCAUCUUGCUUCAACUCAGACUGAUGAAGACUCUCUCAAAAUAAUUUUACUCUGUGAUACAAUGUAUUUAAACUUAGUUAGUACUUACUUCGAGUUCUGGUGCUGUUAUGUUAUACUUUGUAAGUAGUUUCUUUUGUCCUACUUUGUUGCGAUAAUCCUCCAAGUUCAAAUGUUUGUUCGAACUAUUUUUCUGAGGGAAUCUUUCGGUUGGUAAACAGAUAUCUCUAAAGUUUGUUUUUAUUUCUGUACCAAAAUAAUUCAAAAAGGAAAGACAAAAAUCGUGCUGAAAUCGUUAAGAGUGAUCGUAGCGCGGGUCCGAAACAAUGUGGAGGUCAUACAGAUUCACAACUUUUCGUAUUUUCAAGCUGAUAUAUCAAAAUUCCAUUCCCCGACACCAGAUUUCUAUUUGUACUUUAAACUUAAAAUAAUGUGUAAUGCUAAUCCUGCUCUCCCACAGGAUCUUUGACUCACGGGAUUUUUUGUUGUUAAAUGGUAUACGAUCUCAUAGUGUAAAGUUGUCUAUGUCUAAUCACCCUUAUUCCCCCACUUAAAAGAUAAGUGCCUUUAUGUCUUCCGUUUUUAGUAAGUUUAUGUAAACUGUUUGGCAAAGUUUAAAUUGAUACAAAAAUUUAUCUGUUCUUCAUAAAAUUUUAGUAAUAUCGACUCGUACCUUCACCGAACAAAACUCAUUUUAAGUAAACGUGCAUUUUUUAUCGCAGUUCGGCGUCAGGUACUUUUAAACCUAUUUGAGUUUUCCAUCGACUAAAUUAGAACCGGGAAGCUUUCAGUGUCAUUUGUGAAGAGAUUAUGAUUGUAUCCAUAAUUGUUGUCCAUAUUUAAUCCACGCGUCUGAGAAUUAAUUCUCCACUCAUUUUGAGUGUUUAAGGUAUAAGUAUUUUCAUAUCAUAAAAAUACUUCGCAAUAAGAUCACGUACUCGUCACGUGACAACUCGCGGCUUUUAAGUUUUUAAAAUUUGAUUUUUGUUAAAUUAAGAUAUAAUAAUCGGUUCAAUUCAAUGUAAACUUUAUCAACUGUUAUCAGUGAUUGUCAAACAUUGGACAGAAAUCAUCGGCAAUGACCGAGGGGGUAUGCAAAUGAUUCAGCUAUUUCAACUGCAUCAUCGCCUUCUUAAUCUAUUAUCUUAGUGCCUACUAUUCUUCACGUCACGUCACUUCAGCGUGGCAAAACGUUUAAAAGUUAUAAAUAAAAUGAGAUUCUUUCAUUUAAUUUUGUUAUUUUGAAAGAGAAAUACUUUUUUGUUGCUUAAUAAUCAUGGAUAACGACACAGUUUUUUUAAGAUAUUAUAGCAUAUAUAUUUGUCUGAUUUAGUUUUUAUAAAUGUUUCUUCCUAAGA